AUAGAAUUAGUCUUUUUUUAGAUCAUCGAUAAAGCGAAAGCGUCGCCUGUGUUCGCUGAGAAGUUCCUGGCUAGGGAAUUGGAAAUUUGGCCGAGACUGCGCCAUCGCCACAUCAUCCAAGUGGAGAGGUUGAUUCAAAUUCAGGACCGCAUCUAUAUAUUCAUGGAACUGGCUCCCGGAGGAUCUGUUAUCGACUACCUUCACAAGCAUGGUGCAGUCGGCGAAGACUUGGCUCGAAUGUGGUGCAAGCGCAUGUGUCAGGCCCUGCGAUACUGUCACAAGAAAGGCAUCGCGCACCGAGACCUCAAAUGUGAUAAUCUCUUACUAGAUCAUGACCUACAGAUUAAAAUAGGUGAUUUUGGAUUCUGUCGCAGGUGCAUCAACCUUUAUUCCGGGAUGCGAAUUUACAGUAACACUUUCUGUGGAAGUUCAUCAUAUGUGGCCCCUGAGGUGAUCGAGGGCAAACCUUACGAUCCGAUUGCUGCAGACCUGUGGAGUGCUGGAGUUUGCAUUUACGUCAUUCUCAACAACCUGAUGCCGUUUGAUGACUCCAACAUUGUGUCCAUGCACAACGACCAGGUCACGAGGCAUUGGUCCAUCGCCAACGGCCAGCUUUCAGAACCCGCCAAGAGACUCCUGUUGAGGAUGCUGGAACCUGAUGCAGCCAUGAGGCCUACCAUGGACCAAGUGCUCAAUACCUCAUGGAUGAGAAUGCGCUAA